CUUCACAUCGCUACUGAACACGGAAUCAGAUAGACAGCUGCUGCUGGCUGCUCACCCUCAAACUGGCCACAAAUCGCACUUAUGAGCUUGGCUGAAAAUAAAAGGAGAUAAAUAAUCAAGUUUCUGCUGAACGCUUCGCGUUAAAAGUCUUGUUGCAGCACUGUUAGGUCUCCUUAUAAAACAGUGGUGAGGUUGCUAACAGCUGAUUGCUAGCUAGAGCUGGUGAUCAUAACCUCAAACAGCAACAUCACCAUCUCUCCACAUGCUGCUGAUCACUAAACGACUCAAUUCUUCUCCAUUUGGUCCAUGAUGUCUCUCAACAACCGCUGUUAAGAUCAUAGCAUAGCUCCUGGUACUCUCCUAUGUUUACUGCUGUAUUUAUUCUUUACACAAGAGUAGUGAUGAUUGUGUGUUGAUGCCUCCAACAAGAGGACCAGGACAGAGGGAGUGAGCUUAUUACCUUCCCUUGGUGGAUCUCUCACUCUUCUGGACAUGAUGGGCCCCCAGCGGAAGGUCACCAGGACUCAUGGUUUGGUGGGAGGAACAUUUAGCUCUCUUGGGCAUGAGGAACCCAAAGACUACAUCAAUGAGCUUUCACAUGAGGUGCUUUGCCACAUAUUCCGAUACUUACCCAUGCAGGACAUAAUGUGUAUGGAGUGUCUUUCACGGAAACUGCGGGAAGCGGUGACUCUGUACUUGCGGGUGGUGAAGGUGGUGGACCUUUGUGCCAGCCGGUGGUGGGAGUACAUGCCCUCAGGUUUCACAGACUCCAGUUUCCUCAUGCUGAUGAAGAAGAUGCCUGACUUGGAGCAGCUGUAUGGUCUUCAUCCACGUUAUCUAGAGAGAAGGAGGGUCAGAGGUUAUGAGGCCUUCAGUAUUCCUGGUGUUUUGGAGGCUCUACAGGCCUGUCCCAACCUUAUAGGAGUUGAGACAUCCCAUUUGGAGCUGGUGGAGGCCGUAUGGAAUUACAUGCCUCAGGUUCACAUUUUAGGGAAGUUUAGGAACCGAAACGGGGCCUUUCCUAUUCCUUCAGAGAACAAACUCACCAUUCCAGCUGCUGCUAAAAUCCAGACCCUCCAUCUUGUUGGUGUCAAUGUGCCCGAGAUCCCAUGUCUAUCCAUGCUCAGGCAUCUGUACCUGAAGUGGGUGCGCCUCACUAAGCCUCAGCCCUUCAAAGACUUUCUCUGUGUGAACUUGCGUACGUUUGUCAUGAGGAAUUGCGCCGGUCCCACCAAUUCUCUUAAAUAUGUGCCUCUUGUCACUGGUCUGGCCUCCGCCCGCAACUUGGAGCAGCUGGAGCUGGUGAGGGUGCCCUUCUUAGGGGGACUGAUUCAGCAUGUGGUGGAGGAUAGCUGGAGGUCAGGAGGGUUUCGUAAUUUGCACACAAUUGUUUUUGGUGCCUGUAAAAAUGCACUUGAGGUGGAUCUUGGCUACCUCAUCAUUACUGCUGCUCGCAGGUUGCAUGAAGUUCGAAUCCAGCCUUCUUUAACCAAAGAUGGGGUGUUUUCUGCACUGAAGAUGGCAGAACUGGAGUUCCCCCAGUUUGAGACUUUGCACCUUGGAUAUGUUGAUGAAUUUCUAUUGCAAUGUAACAUGAGCCAUGCCGAGUUAGUCAAAUACGGUCUUGCUGAUGUUAUCGAAAAUCCAGGAAUCAUCACAGACAUUGGAAUGAAGGCUGUUAAUGAAGUGUUCACCUCCAUCAAGUAUUUGGUCAUUUAUAACUGUCCACAUCUACACAACCCACACAACUGGAUCACAGACCACUCGCGCUGGAGUCGGUUGGUGGACAUCACUCUGGUGCGCUGUCACGCUAUCAAGCUGGAGUCGUUCAGUCAAUUCAUUGAAAUGCUUCCCAGCCUGGAAUUCAUCUCUCUGGAUCAGAUGUUUCGUGAACCUCCCAAGGGCUGUGCCCGUGUGGGGCUCAGUGCGGGCACGGGUAUCGGGGUAUCAUCUGCCCUGGUCAGCAAUCAGAAUUCCAACAAUGACAAUGACAACAAUAACAACAACAAUCACCAGAACAAUAAUGAUGCAAACAUUCCACCAAAUAACAACAACAACCAGGUUGAAGAUGUGCCUCAGCAAAACCACCGUGGCCCAGAGGAGAUUCCCAAUGUUGAGGGCAUGGUGGCAGACAACAUGGAGCCUGAGCCGGUUCUUGUGGCCGUCAAUCAAGAGGAAGAGACCCAGGGUUCCAGCCAGACUACUAAUCCUUCGCAUGAACAGGAUGAGGAACAAGCAGGUCUGAAGAAACCCUGCCCUAGCGGAGUUCAAACCGCAGUGAAGAAGCAGUCGGUGGUGGUGUCUGACUCAGACAGUGAGGAUGAGUACAGUCCAAUCAGGACGCCAGCUGCCGCCCGCUCUCAAGGCCAGUACCCUGUGACAGAAUCCCAAGGGAAGAGCAGCACAGCUGUGAAUCCACAUGGUAAAGGAAAAACUCCGCUGCGUAAACGUGGACCGCACCCUCAAGAGUUCAGCUGUGAGAAAGGCUGCCAGGUAACCAGUGAGCAGAUCAAGGCUGACAUGAAGGCAACCACUGAGACGGCCAGAGACAGAAACAGUGGAACUGUGCCUGCUUCAGGCCACGCUACCGGCAGCUGUGUUUGCUCCAUCCGCUGGAGGGAGGACUCGGCUAAUCAGGACGACCAGGGUGUGGCAGGUAGAGGGGACGAUGAUAUGGUAAGGACUCGCUGCACGUGCAGCAGGUCUCGUCCCGGCUCUGAAAAUAGGACUCGUUAUGGCCACCGCCUCCCAGCGGGGGACGAGAACCACAGACCAGAACGUCACAGCCCAGAGCAAAGAGCAGGGGAAGAUGAGACGGAGAACAGGCACUCCAACGCUCCACCCAGGACACACAGUUCAUCUGAAGGGCUUAGUGAGAGGACUGCAAGCCACCAGCAAGGCUCGUCACACAGAAGCCCUACAGACGAGUUCCCCAGGAGACCUGUCACUCGUGCCCGCAGCAGACUUUCCUCUGUGCCCUUGGUUUGUGAGUCAGAACUGCCCAAAGCAAAGCCUCGGGCUGCGGUAAAGAGAAAACGUAUGGCAGACAAAUCCACCAGCACCAGUGACCCUGUAACUGAAGACGACCAUGUGCAGGUGCUCAGCCUUAAAUCCAAAAACCUGGUGGGAAUCACACUUACAAACUGUGGCAUCACAGACCUGGUCCUUAAGGAGUGCCCGAAAAUGAUGUUUGUCCAUGCGACACGCUGUAGGGUGCUAAAACACUUGAUGGUGGAAAGUGCCCCCAUAGUGAACCGCUUUGACUACGCACAAUGUAAGAAGUUGGAUAUGGAGCAGGUGCUUGACCAGAUCUUACGGAUGCCCGCGGAGAGAAACCGCAUCAUCUACAUGAGACCUAUGCAGCAGAUCGAUUCUCUGGCUCUGGAGAAAAAGCUCUUCAGUGGUCCGUACCCAUACCACAUUGCUAUUAUCCAUGAGUUCAGCAACCCACCCAAUGUUAGGAACAAGGUGCGCGUACGUAGCUGGAUGGACACCAUUGCCAACAUUAGCCAAGAACUCAUCAAGUAUGAAUUCUUUCCGGAGGCCACACGGACGGAAGAGGAUGUAAAGGAGUAUCCCAGCUAUCCCUGGGGCCGAGACAUCUACACAUUAGAGGGAGUAGUAGAUGGGGCGCCAUACUCAAUGAUCACAGAUUUCCCAUGGCUUCGCUCUUUACGCACUGCAGAGCCCAACAGUUAUGCUCGAUACGACUUUGAGGAUGAUGAAAGCACUACUAUCUAUGCGCCACGACGUAAGGGGCAGCUCUCGGCCGACAUCUGCAUGGAGACGAUCGGCGAGGAGAUCUCAGAGCGACGGCAGACACGUAGGGGUGUUUUCCAGCGUGUGGUGGUCGUCUUCAUCCACUACUGUGACGCCCGGGGGGAACCGGUGGAUGACGACUACAUCUAGAAUGAUGACUGCUCAGCUGGAGGCCCUGGAGGUGCUGGAGAGAGGGUGGAGAGCUCCUCAGCCCUCUACCAGCCUCUGUGUGAGAAGAGAACCCCUCAGUGGUGAAUACCAAGGCAUUUCCAGUUGCCUUUAUCUCUGAGUUGACUUGAAACAAAGAGCAAUCGCUUUCAAUCGGCCAUUGACUUUUUCUAGAGUAAUAAACUGUAGAGUAAUGGUGUCACCAGGUUGCUUGUGUUCAUUACAUGAAGGAUGAAUUGCAAGCCUUCCAUGGACCGGCAGCACAUUUGUAGUAAAUAGGGGUGAUGGUGUCAGCAGUUGCUUUGUUGCUAUUGGUUGUGCGCAUGGGAAAAGAUAUGCAGAGUCACAAAAGGUGGCAUAUAAAAUCACUUGUUUGGUGAAGACAGACUGAAAGUGUUUGGUAGAUUUUUAUUUAUUUAUUUUUUUCAAACCCAGGCAGGUUGUUUUGGCCAUUUGCCAUAAUAUCCCGGUGUGUAUCUGCACAGGCAAUAACAUCGUUCUAGAUUUGUUUUAGUUUUUUUUGCUCCUCAUACCUUUUCAAAGACUUUUUUUUAAUUAUUUUUUUUUUUAGAAUUUCGUAUUAUUUUUGUUUUCCUCUUACCUUUUGCCUAGAGGUUGGCUUGUGUGUUCUGCACUAUUAACAGUGUUGAUGUCAGUUUAAUCCAGAACCUGGUGAAGAGAUUCAGUGUUUCUUGGCCCAUGAGGGGAACGUGGCAGAAUCGGUGAAUAAAUGUACCACGUUUUACUUUCCUGUAGUCUUCAUAGAGCUAAAAACAAACAAAUUGUGCAACAAAGACAAGUUAGGAGUAUUUUAAGCCCACAUGAUUUUUGUUUUUCCCUUUAUUCAGACUGGAACUCCAGUAGAAUAGUUUUAAAUAAGAAGCACAGUGGAUAAAGUUGCCAGGCAUAUCCCUUAUUCAUCUUCAGAUGACUUGACCCACAUUUCCUUCUCCUCACUAACUUGCACUCUUCAUUUUGGUGAAGCAUCUUCAAAAAUGGCCCUGUGCCAUUAACCUGCAUUAUAACCUACACUAGAGAAUAAUAGUUAGCAUUAUGGAUUGUUUCUUUCCUCUUUCUUGCCUAGUUCUUUACAUAGUUGUUUAAACAUUUAAAAUCAACAAAUGGAAAUAAAAUGCACAAUGUGUAUUAACUGUCUCCUUGGUGCAGGAUGGAUUUCACCAACUCAUGUUCGUAAAGAGUAGUUUGGGAAACUAGUCUAAUUAAGAGAGGGUUGCAAGUUGCAAGCUAUUGAUGCACAAAAACACCAUCUCGCUACUCUACUUUGUGCUUUUCUGCGAGACCCACUCUGCCAUGUUUCAAGAGCCAAGAAAUUCCAUGGAUUGAAUCUGCACACAUACCUAGCACUGCAGAAACUUGUGUAUAAAGUUUGUGUACAAAUAUUCUGUAUUUAAAUGAUCUUCCAAAAUUUGUUUUAUAUGUUUAUAUAAAAGAAUAAAUAUUUCACCAAGA